AUGAAGGCAGAGAAAAGCGGAUAUAGAGUCUACGUGGGAAACAUCCCAGGGUCCACGACCAAGGAGGAAAUAAUAAAGGCCUUCCAAGAGUUCGGGAAAAUCACCGGAAUAGACAUAAAAUAUAACCGAAACGCCAACGGGACGAAUUACGCCUUCAUAGAAUACGAGAAUUAUGAAAGUGCAAAAAAAACAGUGCAGAAAAAAAAUGGGCAAAACUUCAUGGGGAACAUGCUAAAGGUUGAAUAUACCAAUGACAAAAAAAAUAAGGAGGGACAUAUAAUUCCUGUUGGAAAAGAAAAGUUAAAAGGAUUCAUGCGGAACCUUCGGUUGCCAAGGAAUAGGUCAAAUUAUCGUGUUGUAGUGAAAAAUUUUCCCAAGAGAAAAAUCCAACUGGAUUACGUAAAAAAGUUCCUAAUGAAGGCAGGGAAAGUUAUUCACACACAAUUGGAAGAUGAAAUUACCAUCGCAGAAUAUGACAGUAAGGAAGGUAUGUUACGGGCUGUUAAUACUUUAGACAGAACUUUGUAUAACAAUAGGAGCAAGGUAUACGUCAGGGUUAUUAAGGAUUUCCCUCAUGAUGAUUCCGAAGUGGAAGACUCCAUCAAACAACUGUGCGCUUAG